AAGCAUCCUUGCGACAUCUUUAUUCGCGGCGCUGCUACAAGUGCUUCUUCCUUCUUGAGCAUCGUUGAGUAUAUAUUCAAUCUAGAUAAAGUCUUGUGACGCUUGUGACUAUUUCGCAUACAAGUUUUUGCAGAACAAUCGUAUUUUAUAUAAGAGGAUUUGCUAACAUUAGUUGACAAAUUAGGGCUUCAGUUAUAAAAAGGAACAAUAGUUCACCGUUGAAGUAUCCCGCACUAUAUGAAUCGUAAAACGUAUAACUGGAAACUUUAAUAGUUACUGUUGACCAGAAACUUCCCGGUGAUCUCCCGGUUAGGUUUGUUACACGAGCUUGUUCGAAAAGAGCGGCGUCGGAUCGAAAAGCGAGAGGAUGGUAUUAUGUAUAUGCUAAGCCAAACCACAAAGUGCCAUCCGAUAAACGAAGAGAAGUGGCACGUCGAAAAUUAAACAAUUCUGAAGUAUUAUUGAAGACUGAAGAACCAAUAAUGAAGAGUGUGAUCAGUGACUAAUUGCAAUAUUUUUAGCUGUAACAAAACAGAUCACACUUACUACGUUUAAACAUAGAUGCCAUGGGUUUUGAAGAUGAAAGAAGUGACUCGGAAGAGGAACAUGAUAAAUCGAGAAGCAGUAGUCCAGAUUCGCAAAAAUCAGGUAGCGAUGUAGCAGGAAACAGAUCGAAAUCACAUUCGCCUAGUCCAAAAUCUUCACCCGUUAGAUCAAAUCAAUCUUCUCCAGCACGAAAUGGAUCACCAGCUUCUGUCCGUUCCAAUGUGAGUUCUAGAAAGUCUUAUUCUAGAUCACCAUCCAGAUCACCUUCGCCAAGGGAAUCUUUUUCGCCGUUAAAUGGCAAAAGGAGCGUAUCUAGGUCACGUUCUAAAUCUUUUUCUCCGGAGCGUACAGAGACAAGUGCAAGAGAUGGCUCCCAAUCACCAGCACAUUCUCAUCAUUCUAUUAAGUCAAGAUCAAGAUCUCGAAGCUCCUCUCAUUCUUCCAGAAGUUCUCGUGCAGCAUCGAGAAAUAAUUCACGCUCUAGAUCAAGAUCAAAUUCUCCAAGACCAAGCAAUAGUCCAUCUAAAGGUGCCUCAUCAAAGGCAAACCUUCAAUCGUCUUCUAGAUCUCCUUCACCCCGGGCAAUUUCCAAAUCGCAAUCUCGUUCGAGAUCUCCUUCUCGAUCUCGCUCUGGAUCUCCAAAAGCAUCGAUCCAUUCACGCUCUCGAUCGGGAACUCCAAAGUCUUUUCAAUCGAGAUCCAGAUCAAGAUCAAGAUCAGGAUCAGCUAAUCCAAAAGAAGAAGUCAGAGCUGGUUCAAGAUCAAGAUCAAGAUCUCUGUCUAGAUCUAAGAAAGGUUCUCGUUCACCUUCAGCAUCGCCUUCUUCGAAUCGAUCUCCAACAACGGCCAGACAGUCAAGAUCAAGAUCAAAAUCACGCUCUGUGAAUAGCUCUAGAAAAGGUUCUCCAGAUUUAGGGAAAAGUCCUCGAUCUAGAUCUCGUUCCAAUUCAGCAGAUAGAAAAUCUAAAUCGAGAUCCAGAUCAAGAUCUGGAUCUAGGAAACAGUCGAGAUCUCCUUCGCGAGAAGGACGAGUUUUAUCACGUUCAAAAUCCAAAUCGAAAUCUAGAUCCUUAUCGGGUUCGAGAAAAGGCUCACGUUCGAGAUCGCGAUCGAGAUCGCAAAUAUCAGCAUCUAGGGAAAAAUCAAGAUCUCUAUCAGGUUCACGCAAAGGUUCCGUAUCUCCUGCGCACUCGAGAAAGAAUUCUCGCUCAAGAUCCAAAUCCAGCUCACGGUCCAGUAAAUCCAAAUCGAGAUCCCGUUCCGUUUCAAGAGCUUCGCGCUCAAGAUCUCGUUCAGGAUCCAGAAAAUCAGUAUCAAGAUCGAGAUCACGAUCUCGUUCGAGGUCUAAAUCUGGUUCGAGAUCACGUUCAAGCUCACGUUCAAGAUCAAGAUCAGGAUCUAGAUCAAAAUCAAGAUCGAGGUCAAAGUCAGGAUCAAGAUCGAAGUCACGUUCGCGGUCUCGGUCGAAAUCAAGAUCACAUUCUAGAUCGAGAUCAAGGUCUGGAUCAAGCGCCAGAUCUAGGCAUUCAUCGCGUUCUAAAUCCCGAUCUAGAUCACGAUCUAGAUCCGCCUCAGGAUCUAGAAGGUCCAGAAGCCCUAGCAGAGAUUCGGAUGGAGUAGUUAGAAAACGAAAUAGAGUAUUAUCGGAUUCUGAAGAAGAGACUGAUGAAACUAAAGCAAAGAAACGAACAAAAAAUGAGCUAUCAGAUUCCGAACAUGAAGAUGCGAAUAAAGAGAAAAAAGAUGAUGAGGAACGUGAAGAGAAAGAAGGUGAAGAUGAGGAAAAUAAACAAUUGGAUGUAUCUGCUAUUGAGCAACAGGAUAAUGAAGAUUCUGAUGAUGGAAUUAUUACUAGUGGUAGAAUGGAUGAUUCGUUGUCCGAUUUCGAUCGCAUGUUAGCACGGAAAAAAGAGGAGCAAUCCCGUAGACGAAAACGAAAAGACAUCGGUAUCAUUAAUGAUAACGAUGAUAUUAUAGCACAAUUGUUAUCGGACAUGAAAGGUGCAGCUGAGGAGGAUAGAAGGUUGAAUCAACAAAAUAGACCUGCUACAAAUAAGAUUUCCAUGUUAUCGAAAGUAUUGUCGCAGCUUAAGAAGCACGAUUUACAAUUGGCAUUUUUGGAACACAAUGUACUAUCGGUCCUUACAGACUGGUUAGCACCAAUGCCUGAUCGUUCAUUGCCAUCUCUUAAAAUCAGAGACAAUCUUCUAAAAUUGUUAUGGGAGUUUCCAAGAAUUGAUCAAUCUUCCUUGAAACAAUCCGGUAUUGGGAAGGCUGUGAUGUAUCUUUAUAAGCACCCGAAAGAAACUAAAGAAAACAAGGAACGCGCUGGAAAGUUGAUCAAUGAGUGGGCUCGACCUAUUUUUAAUUUAUCGGCGGACUUUAAGGCGCUUUCAAAAGAGGAGAGGAUGCAAAGAGACCUGGAGCAGACACCUCAGAAGAGAAGGAAAAUUGAAGAUGGCGGAUCUUCCCAAAAAGCACAGGAUAUUAAUAAGGCUUUAAAAGGAGAUUCCAAACCAUUGAGACCGGGAGAUCCAGGGUGGGUAGGAAGAGCCAGAGUUCCUAGGCCAUCUAACAAAGAUUACGUCAUACGGCCUGACUGGAAAUCUGAUGUUGACAUUAGUAGAAGCACCAAGAAGCAAAUGAGCAGAUUCGAGAGACACAUGAAGAAUUACAUGGACAGCAAACGUAUGAAAUCGGCGAGAAGAGCAGUAGAUAUAUCCAUAGAGGGUCGCAAGAUGUCUUUAUAAUAUUGACGUAUUCCUUAUUUCAUACACGGCUGGAAAACCUAUGACAAAGCUUGUUAUCUUCUGAUAAUUGCAUAGAAAAAGUUAUGACGACCGCACUGAUGUAGUUCUCGCAUAAAUCUCAAGUAAAUUAAAGAUGAAUUGUGCGAUUAAAAUAUGUUCUCUUUUUUUUAUAAUUACUGUUAUAUAUUUGCACACAGAAAAAAUUAUGUUCAUUUUACAACAAAUUGAUAACAAAAUAGCUAUGCAAUUCUGUUAGAGAAUACAAAAACAAUAGGUGCAAUUUAUAACAGACUUUAUUUGGAUUGUUCUAAUUAAUUUUAACAAAAAGAUUCAAAGAAGUUUCUUGUAGGUUAAACAUUGAUAAUGUUAAGUAAUGUAUUAUUUAUAGUCUCUAUUAAUAGAAUUAAAUAAAUAUGCAUGUUUAAA